GCUUUCGUAAUUUUUACCUACCAAUCGUGUAGAAAGCAAUAACGGAAUACAAGGGGACAGACAGAUUCAGUCAAUACUUCAAUACUGUUAUGAAGCGAGAAUGAGUAACGCAGAAGACAGCGGGAGCAAGUGCUCGUCGGGCCCAAUUUCCAGCUUUACCAUUCAGUCUAUUUUAGGCACGCCGUCCGAUGCGCCGCGCUCCGGGACCAAGGAGCUCUCCAAGGGGCCGCCGCCGCCGCCGCCGCGGAGGCGCUCACUAUCGGUGUCCUCCGAGGAGGAGUGCAGCGGCGGGGAGGACUCAGCAGACUGCUUCUGCUCUGACACGGGUCACAGCGAGCCAUGCACCCAGCACCAAGCGCAUAACUUCUCAUGUUUAGGUCCCGCUAAAGGACUUCUGUCUGGAAACGACGUGCUCGCACGGCGGCCGCACCUGCCGCAGCCUCUGCUGCAGGAUUAUAAGGAGGAGCAGGAGAGACCGUGCCAUCAAAUGUCACCUCUGUCGGAGGAGAGACAGACGGACGGUGCGGACAAGCAAGGCAACUCGGCUAAGAAGAAGACGCGCACGGUUUUCUCCCGGAGUCAGGUGUACCAGCUGGAGUCCACCUUCGACAUGAAGCGGUACCUGAGCAGCUCGGAGCGGGCCUGCUUAGCCUCCAGCCUGCAGCUGACGGAGACUCAGGUCAAGACGUGGUUUCAGAACAGGAGGAACAAAUGGAAACGGCAGCUCUCAGCUGAACUGGAGGCGGCCAACAUGGCCCACGCCUCCGCACAGACACUCGUGGGGAUGCCGCUGGUUUUCAGAGAUAACUCCUUACUGCGUGUUCCAGUUCCGCGGUCUAUCGCCUUUCCGACGCCCCUGUAUUACCCGGGGAGCAACCUGCCAGCGUUACCUUUAUACAACCUGUACAACAAGAUUGAGUAUUGA